AUGACAUUAGUCGGAAAGAUCAUAACAUUAACCAAACAAGAUAUAAAAAACUAUAGUAAUGAAAUAUAUUAUCGUUACUUUAACUAUACAUAUGCAUUAACUAGAUUAAAUUUUUACCCUCUAGGAUGUAAAAUGUUAAUAAAAGAUAUUAUAAAACUUUUUAGAAAAAUAAAAUUUAAAAGAAUUUUUACAUUAUUAAAUUUAUUAAAGUUUACAGAUUAUAUAUUAGGUAUAUGUAUAGACAAAUUAAAAGCGAUAAAAAAUUAUGAUGUAGUAGAUGGUGUUGAUGUACUUGUGUUCUUUUUUGAAUUUUUAAUAGAUAAAUAUAUUUACCGUCUUACAGACUUUCAAAUGAACCAAAAAUGUCAAUAUUCUCUAAGAUAUGCGGCUCUUUGGAUAAGAUGUUUUUCAACUAUAGAAAUUAAAAAAGAUGUACAUCCUUUCUUUUUAGGUACAUUGGCUAUAGCUACUCUAGCUAUAUUUUAUCCUUUUACAUUUUGGGCAGUUAUAUCCCAUAUAGAAAAAUUUAAUACUUUAGACAACAUAUACCACUAUUUUAUAUCAACAAUAGCGCCUUUAUAA